CUCAGUGGAGGCUACAUCAGAACAUCUGUCUGGAGAGUCCAAUAACUGCACAAUAACACUGUUUGGUACAGUGACUACCAUGGUGUCUUCUACUGUCCCACCAGGUACUUCAGCUGCACCUUCAUUACUUUCAUCUGGUAGGAGGAAACAAUUUUUAUCCUCAUUAUGUUGCAUUUUGACAUUUUACCGUUUGUCAUUUACGUAUCUUGUAUUGCAAGUGGCAUUAUGACCUCUGUCUCACUAGCUCAUACUACCAAUG